AUGGAGAUCCCAGAAAAGCUUUUGAAAUUUAAAUUUCACAUCUUAUUUGCAUCGGUUUUCUCUCUCCUCAUCAUCUCUAUCAUCUAUGUUGCGCCUCGGUUUCUUGAGAUUCUCGCGUACUUUUGGCCGCUUCUAGUCUCUACGGCUCUGUUCCUCAUAACCGUCAUCGUCUUUGGGCAGAUAUCUCCGCCGACAACCGAAGCUUCAGGUGAAAAAACCGGUGAAGUGAUCUUGGAUUACGUUGCUGGCCAGCCGGAACAGGUACAACCAGAAGUAGAAAGCUACAAAUCUGAUGAGUAA